CAGCCAGAAAUGUCGCCAAACCGUAUUUGCUUGCCACUCAGUUUGUUCAGCCUGCUGCUCCUGCUCGGCUGUCUGGUGUCCUCGACCCGUGGCACCUGCAACGUCUGCAACACUGUCAACAACCUGACCUGCUACUCCUCGACCCAGAUGCAGGCCUGCCAGGCGGACGUCCUUUCCACGGCCACGCCGACCUCUUGCCCCAGCGGCUAUGUCUGCGUCAGUGGCUCCAGCGGGGUGCUCUGUCAGCCGGAGGGGCAGGAUGCUUCCGACUGCCAGGAGUGCAACAAGUGCGACGAGAGCCAGACAUUCGCCUGCACCGGGACCCAGAGCUUCGCCCUCUGCCUGGGCACAGACACCGUCCAGGACUCGAGCGGAACCUGUGCCUCUGGCUAUGUGUGCAACAUCAACGACACCCAGAUAUGCGGUCUGCCAGCGGAUGGGGUGAUGCCGACCUGUUCGUAUGCAGAUGACACAACUACCACCUCGACAAGCAGCACCACCAGCUCCACCACCGCAUCGCCUCCUUCCACCAGCGAUGCAUCCACCUACUGUGCGGCGGUUCAGUCGCAGGGAAGAUAUGCGGUGGGCUAUAACGCGUAUACGACCUGUCGCCAGUACAUCUACUGCACUUUGGUAAGCGGCAGUUGGGUCGGAGAGACGUACACCUGUCCGGGCGACCUGUACUUCGACAGUGCCUCGCAGAUGUGUGUGGCCAGCAUGCCGUCCACCUGCUCCACCACCGCCACCACCACCUCCACGACGACGGCGGCUCCAACCACCAGCAAUCCCGCGGCUUAUUGCCAGGCGAUGCAAUCGGCGGGUUACUACCCAGUGGGCACGGAUGCCAGCACCACGUGCCACCAGUACAUCUACUGCUUUCUGAACGGAGGAACCUGGAACGGCAAUGCGUACACCUGUCCCGGCAGCCUGUACUACAACAGUGCCAGCAAGACCUGCGUGGACACCCUGCCAUCCACCUGCUCCGCCACGGUGGCCAGCUUAACCCUCAACGGAGUGGAGUUAGAUUAA